AAAUGGCGAAUGGUGGAAAGUACGCUAAGCGGCUCACUGCCUCCACAGAGAGUCCUUUUCGUCGAAAGACUCACUGCUUCGACUUGUAAAACAUUCAGAGUCGCAUUGUGCAUCAGGAAUCACUUCCCAGAACACAUCAACGCUUGAUUACUCCGUUGAAUGCAUUUUUUCGAGUUUUCAAUAAAAUCUCGUGAGUGAAGUUUUCCUAAUAAAAAAAUAGAUAAAUUGGCCGAUCUUUGUAUUGGCUGAGUGAGUGAGUCUUUUUACAAAAAAGGGAAAAGCCAGCCAGUAGUGGUGCCAUUAGGAGGGUGAAUUUGUGCAGGUCGGAUCAAUGGUUCGGGUUUUGGAGAAAGCUGGAAAGACCACAGCGACGACGACGACGAGCUAGUGAGCCAAACUGCGACUUCUUCUCAAUGCAUUUCUCCACAGCGACUUUCUGUUAAUAACUUUCGACUUUACUCGAAAUAUUUCAUUUCUUCAUUGGAUUCGGGCUUAAUAGAAACGAGUCACCUCAGCCAAAUUAUUUGCAAUGAAUUUCUCAUGGAUAUCCUUAUGCAUCAGUUUUCUUCUCCACUCGGUGAGAUCAGCGCCUGCCGUUUCUUCCGUGCACGUGAGUUUCGUGGCCGGAAACAAGGCGACAGAAUAUUCUCACGGAAUUGGAGGAUCGUCACCUUUACUUCACUACAAUCACAAUCAUCUCCGCCAUCACGGCGGAAAAAGAGAAAUUGUAGAUGAAUUAGGAGAAAGCCAUGUGAAGCGAAAGAGGAGUACGCACGAGAGCACGACAUCCGUAAUCAGCCCGACGAAUGAAGCAAUUUCCACCUCCCCUACAAUUCUUGGAACAUCGACAACUGCAAAAAUUUACAAGAAAAACAAAUCGUACAGCGCUCGCGUCCCAAUUAAUCCGAAAUUCGGUAGAAAACAUUUAACCAACAAAAUGACAUCGACAACAAGAGCCUCCGAUGAUGAGCUUGCCACUCCCACAACAAUUAGCACCACUACUUCUACCACCGCCAUGAUUGACGAAUCUAACCCCAGCAGCACUGCCAGCACCACGUCCUCCCCGCUCCUCAAGCGGAUACUGAGACCCCGCGUGAAAUUUGUCGAAAGUCGACCCACAGUUUCCGGCGUGGAGGAAAACGUGGUCACCACGUCGGAAGACAGUUUGCGUACGACAACGAGUGACAUUUUGAGAGGUGAAAGCACGAAACCGAAAGACUCGAAGGCUGUAAAGAGAAGUCCAUUUAUUGGAGAUAAUUUUGAAACUGGAGGAAUUCAAUUUCCUGACUUUGACGAUUUUGGUGGCGACGAUUUUGGGUCUUUGAGGAACUUUGCUGGAGGACGCGGCGGGGGUCACAGAGGAAAUUUAGCAGCCCACGCGCACGCAAAUCCUGAAGCACUAUCUCCCGAUGGAGUUUUCCUGCCACCAAUUCCCACAGAGGCGAGUGACUAUGCAGACAGCGACCCGUACCUCGCGGACCCUGAUACUGCCAAGUAUGCUGCCCAACACCCGCCAUUCUUCGCUGCCUUCCCCCACAAACGGACCGUGCUGGCCCUUAACGAUCAGCGAGUUCACAAUGGACUCGAGCCCAACUUCCUCCGCAGUAUUCGACCUUACUUCGCCUUCUUUGAUGCUGCAAACCCACACAAACACGGACACGGCUACAUCAAACACAAAGUUCCCUACCACCACCACCGCCACCAUUACCUGUCAUCACCGGAUUUCGAGUACCCUCCGUCACACCCACCUGUUGCCGGCCCACCACCGCCUCCGCCAAUCUCAUAUUCAUACCACUCCGAUUCCUCCUCCGACCUCUUCGGAGGCAGACAUGGGGAUCACAACCAACUUCUCUACGCGGAAUCGGAUAUCCUUCGAACCAAACCGGGUUUAACACUGUGGAGCAUUUUCAGCACGAAAAAAUAACAGAUUGGACUAAAUUAUCCGUAUUUUACAUACACAAAUAAAUAAUAAAAUGCCAAUAAGUAGCGUUAAAUGACUAUGAUGAUAAGCAUAAAUUAUCACUUUCAUACGUUACGCAAACACAAAUUUGAUCUACACUACAGGAAGCCAAAAAACAACAAAACAUGGACAUUUCGGUGUCAAUGUUGUUUAAAUUUGCCUAUUUUUUUAUUCUUACUAAUUUAAUCUGCACUUUUUUUACUCUCACCAUAACUAUUUAGUUUCUAAUUCUAAUACAUACACGUGCUUUAUUUAAAAUACGAAAUAUUGUAAUCGUAGCGUAAGUGUGUACCUACAUGAAUUAUUUCCUAUUUCCUUUACAGCUCGUUUAUUUUUUCAUACGUAAUUUCUACUAAUCCAUCUUUGUAAAGCAAUAAUGCCAAAAUAAAGUAAAUAUCAAACUCACCCGUGA